UCUCCAGCUGUGAAAGGCAGAAUAGCUCCUGAAGAGUAGGAGUAGUGUGGCCCUAUGAAUAUGAAGCGGGAUGGGAAUUUUAGGGUAACCAGGUCUCCGUAUAAGAACUUUCUUAAUACGUGAAGCCUGUUGCCAAGUGCCUUUGAACUCAAGUAGCACAGCUAUAACCAUCUUCUGGCUUCUCUUGCUGUACAGAACCUCUAGGGCUCUUCAGAGAAAGGAGUCUUUGUGUUGUGGAUCAAGUCAGUAUCAAAACAGGAUCUGUGAUCUGAUCAAGCCACAGCACCCAGCAAUAGUUUGCCCCAUCCCCUCCUCAGAGGCUGGAAGAAGGGCCUCAUGGUAGGUAGGGCGUGCUCAACCAUUAAUAGCAAGGCUUUGUACUUGCUCUCACUGUGCUGAAGCAUGUCCAGAAGUUUAUUCAGGCCUGCUGCAGCUGAUGUACUUCUAGCUACUUCACUAAUCUGAAGGAGAUCUGGGAGCAAGCAAGAAUGUGAAUCUCUGGAGCUCAACUCUCUCUUGCUAACUGGAUGGACUGUUAGUUUCCCAUUUAGAGCCACUUGCUUAUAAGGUGGACUGAAGUCACGGCAGAGGAUGCAGCUGAGCAAACAACUCAUCCUCUAACCUAGUAACAGACUGAAUGUUGUGAGGCUUGAUACUGUGUCCUUAGUUGUCUUUCCACCAGAGGUGUGGUGGGCAGUAGUUGGCUUCAUAUGAUCUCAGCAAAGCUACAGAGUCUGCUAGCAGUUUGCCUUGUAUUUUAGCUGUUCAGCUGCCCUGUAUGUUUGUGUUGCAGGCACUUCAACCACUGCAUUGGGUCCCACACUUUGGGACUCAACUGUUUCACAAAGCACAGCUGCUAGAGAGAGCUGUCACUUCUCCAAACUGAACCUGAAAGGUGGAAGAAGCCAAUUUCUACACUUUUCUGCAGUGGGAAACUUCUGAACAGCACAGAAAAGCUCGAGUGUGUGUAAAAGAUGACUUCUAGGAAGAAAGUGUUACUGAAAGUCAUCAUCCUUGGAGACUCUGGGGUGGGAAAGACAUCACUCAUGAACCAGUAUGUGAACAAGAAAUUCAGUAACCAGUACAAGGCUACGAUAGGUGCAGACUUCCUGACAAAAGAGGUCAUGGUGGAUGACAGGCUAGUGACAAUGCAGAUAUGGGAUACAGCAGGACAAGAACGAUUUCAGUCUCUGGGAGUUGCCUUCUACAGGGGAGCGGACUGCUGUGUGCUGGUCUUUGAUGUCACGGCCCCCAACACAUUCAAAACCCUAGACAGCUGGAGGGACGAAUUUCUCAUUCAGGCCAGUCCAAGGGAUCCUGAGAACUUUCCUUUUGUUGUGCUGGGAAACAAGAUUGACCUAGAAAACAGACAAGUCACCACAAAACGGGCACAAGCCUGGUGCUACAGUAAAAAUAACAUCCCCUACUUUGAAACCAGUGCCAAGGAGGCCAUUAAUGUGGAACAAGCUUUCCAGACGAUUGCACGAAAUGCACUUAAACAGGAAACCGAAGUGGAGCUUUACAAUGAAUUCCCUGAACCCAUCAAACUAGACAAGAAUGACCGAGUGAAGGCUUCUGCGGAGAGCUGCAGCUGCUGAGGGGAGAAGGGGGGGUUGAGCACAGUCCUUCACAAAUGAAUAUCACACUUAGGCCUUCAAACACACAGCCCCUCUUCUGUGUUUAAAACAAAAUUAAAAGAAAAUUUCCAUCUCCAGCUGCCAAAAUCCACCCAUCUUCAUGAGCAUCUGAGAGUCCUGCACUUCAGAGCUCACGUCCCUACACCAUCCACAUCACACUUCAUGGUAACAGACCUUUCUCUUAGUUUAAAACGGAAACUCUUAUGUAUGUUUGGAACUGAAUCUAAUUCCAGGUGUCCAAUGGAGAGAAACUGUUUACAGGUAAUCUGUGUAACAAGUUACAUACAUUUUUAACUGUCUGGUGUUUUCCCCCUGUGAAGGCUGCAACUGGAAAGGCUGAUUACCCAUAGUUCAUUGCAAGCUCAGCACUCAGUCCAACUAGGUUGAGUUUUGUAUGUAUCUCUGUUAAUGCUUGUUACUUUUAACUAAUCAGAUCUUUUUACAGUAUCCAUGUAUUAUGUAAUGCUUCUUUAGGAAAAAUCUUAUAGUACAUGUUAAUAUAUGCAACCAAUUAAAAAUGUAUAAAUUAGUGUAAAAUUCCUGAAUUACAUGUUCAAGUACUGAAACACAGAUUGUGUAGAAAGUGAGGAGGACACUUGUGACCUGCAGUGUGCUAUAGCGACACAGAGUCCAGAUAGAGGCAGUAUUCUGUACAGUAGAGAUGAACUAUGUAAGCCUUCUUGUUUUGAGGCCAACGAGGCUUCAUCUUCUGGAAAAUCUGACUGGCUUCCUUGUAUCUAAAUUCUCAGAUUUGCAUAACAGCAUUGAUAUGCACACUGGAUUAUUGGAUUUAAAAUUAAAUACAGCUAUGAAAUGACCUCAUUUGUUCACCUCCCCUACUGCUUAAUUCCUAACAUCCUCAAGUGCGUGCGAGAAGGAGCCAGAGCUGAGGUGUUCCAGUGGCUCUUUGUACUGCAGAAGGAGCUCCUCUCCCACCUGGGUUGUGGUAGCUGUUUCUUGAUGAAUGACCUGGACUAUGAAUCUUCUUUCUUCUUACUGACUGCUAAUCUGGAUUUUUGGUAUGGAAAAACUUGGCAAUCUAGUCCCUUUCUUCUCUUCCUUUCUUCCUGGUAUUUGUUCUUGCAUUUGUAGCUUGCUUAAAUGGAGCCCUUCUACCUGUUUUCCAGAGGUCUACAUUCUAGUACGUAGGCUGAGCUCUUAUGUAAAGAGACAAACAUGAUGCCAAUAAACUUAACAAGAACAAA